AUGGUUGCGGGAGGUUAUCAGAUCUUGACUCAUCAGGCUUCAGAUGCUUUACAUGAUGCGGAAAACCUUAUAUGGCACCCUCAGGUCCCGUUGAAGGUUUCCAUUUUUGCGUGGCGUUUAUUGCGGGACAGGCUGCCCACGAGAGCCAACCUAGUCAGUCGUGGUGUUUUGUCUUCUACCGCUGAUGCUUGUGUUUUUGGCUGUGGAGUGACUGAGUCGGCCCAUCAUUUAUUUUUAUCUUGUAGCACUGUUGGCUCUUUAUGGGAUUUGGUCCGUGCGUGGGUUGGCAUUUCACCGAUGGAUUUUACUACUUUGCGCGAUCAUUUUGUCCAGUUCACAGUUUCCGCAGGUGCAUCUCGAGCUCGACGGUCUUUUCUGCAGCUUCUUUGGCUAGUUUGUGUUUGGGUGAUAUGGACAGAGAGAAAUCAUCGUUUGUUCAAGGGCUCAACAGACACACCUCAUCUCUUGUUGGAUAAGAUCAAGCUAUUCUCCUUCAGGUGGUUGAAGUCGACGAGCAUUACGUUAGCUUCGAACUACCAUAGCUGGUGGUCUGAUCCAUUGUUGUGUUUGGGUCUUGUAUGA